AUCGGGGGGCCGCGAGGCCCCCGGGAUGGAGGUGGCGGCGGCGGCGGCCCUGGGCCUGCGACGCUGGCGGCGGCGGCAGAGAGAGACACCUUCCCUUCCUGUAUCAAGCAGUGCUUGGAUGUGAGCAGAGCCAGCGUUUCCUCCUUCUGUCCCGGCACUUGCACGUGGCGGAAACGGCUCCACAGCGAUUCCCUCCACUCGGGAGCCUGGUGCUGCCUUUCUGCUGCUUGAACGGGUGGCUGAUCUGAUAAGCAUUCCAGGGUGGAGUAAAACUGACAGAUUUGAAUUUGCCAAUAUUGUAGUGAAAAAUAGCUUGCCUAAAGAAAUGAGGCUGUCAGAUUGGCACCAGUCACCUACAUCUGAAAUACUCCUUUCGCAGUCACCACACCGUCCUUCCCUUUGCCGAGUGGGAAUUUCAAUGGCUGCAAGAAGAGUUUGCUGUUCCCUCCUUCGCUUGUGAUGUCUGUCUCCGUGGAUAUGCACUUUUCCUGAAAUACCUUUGUGGGAGAGAAGAAUGUGCAGCAGCUGGACCACAUGCCAUGAGGUGAGUGUCGUGCCUGCUGAACUUCCUCAGACCUGCUAGCCAUGCCAGGGAUUGUCGUGUUCCGCCGUCGCUGGUCUGUAGGCAGCGAUGACCUGGUUUUGCCAGCCGUCUUCCUCUUCCUCCUGCAUACCACCUGGUUUGUGAUCCUCUCUGUGGUGCUCUUUGGGCUGGUGUACAACCCCAACGAGACCUGCUCGCUUAACCUGGUGGACCACGGCAGAGGCUACCUGGGCAUCCUGCUCAGUUGUAUGAUCGCAGAGGUGGCAAUCAUCUGGCUCAGCAUGCGAGGCAGUAUCCUGUACACAGAGCCCCGGGACUCGAUGCAGUAUGUGCUCUAUGUCAGACUGGCUAUCUUGGUGAUUGAGUUUGUGUAUGCUAUUGUGGGCAUCGUUUGGCUAACGCAGUACUACACUUCCUGCGAUGAUCUGACAGCAAAGAGUGUCACUUUGGGAAUGGUGGUGUGCAACUGGGUUGUCAUCCUGAGCGUCUGCAUCACUGUGCUGUGCGUCUUUGACCCGACAGGCCGGACCUUUGUCAAACUGCGCGCCACGAAGCGCAGGCAGCGCAACCUGAGGACAUACAACCUGCGACACCGCCUGGAAGAAGGGCAAGCCAGCAGCUGGACACGCAGACUCAAAGUUUUUCUUUGCUGCACACGGACAAAAGACUCUCAGUCGGACGCCUACUCUGAAAUCGCCUACCUUUUCGCUGAGUUUUUCCGAGACCUUGACAUCGUCCCAUCUGACAUCAUUGCAGGCCUGGUUCUUCUGCGCCAACGGCAGCGGGCAAAGCGCAGCGCUGUGCUGGAUGAGGCAAACAAUGACAUUUUAGCUUUUCUGUCUGGGAUGCCAGUGACCAGGAACACAAAGUAUCUGGAUCUGAAAAAUGCGCAAGAGAUGCAGCGGUACAAAGAGGUGUGUUACUACAUGCUGUUUGCCCUGGCUGCCUAUGGCUGGCCCAUAUACCUGAUGAGGAAGCCCACAUGUGGACUCUGUCGCCUGGCCAGAUCCUGCUCAUGUUGCUGUCUCUGCCCUUCACGUCCCCGCUAUGCACCUAGUGUCACCAUUGAAGAGGAUAAUUGCUGUGGCUGCAAUGCCAUUGCCAUCCGACGCCACUUCUUGGAUGAGAAUAUGACCUCGGUGGACAUUGUUUACACAUCUUGCCACGAUGCAGUUUAUGAAACGCCUUUCUACGUGGCUGUGGACCAUGAUAAGAAGAAGGUGGUCAUUAGUAUCCGGGGAACUCUGUCUCCAAAAGAUGCCCUGACUGACUUAACUGGGGAUGCAGAGCGCCUUCCAGUUGAGGGUCACCAUGGAACAUGGCUGGGACACAAGGGAAUGGUUCUAUCUGCUGAGUACAUCAAGAAGAAAUUGGAGCAAGAAAUGGUGCUUUCUCAAGCUUUUGGACGAGAUUUAGGGAGAGGAACAAAACACUAUGGCCUGAUUGUGGUUGGUCAUUCCCUAGGGGCUGGCACAGCUGCCAUCCUGUCCUUCCUCUUGCGUCCACAGUACCCAUCACUGAAGUGCUUUGCCUAUUCUCCCCCAGGUGGGCUGCUGAGUGAGGAUGCCAUGGAGUAUUCAAAAGAGUUUGUGACUGCGGUUGUGCUUGGCAAAGAUCUAGUGCCCAGAAUCGGUCUUUCUCAGCUGGAGGGAUUUCGCCGGCAGCUUCUGGAUGUUCUUCAAAGAAGUAACAAACCAAAGUGGCGAAUCAUUGUGGGUGCUACAAAGUGCAUACCCAAGUCAGAGCUCCCUGAAGAGACAGAAGAAAAUUCUGUAACGAGUAAUCGGCUCUGGACCCACCCCAGCGAUCUGACUAUUGCCCUGUCCGCAAGCACACCGCUCUACCCGCCCGGCCGCAUCAUCCACGUGGUGCACAACCAUCCUGCAGAGCAGUGCUGUUGCUGCGAGCAAGAGGAUCCCACUUACUUUGCUAUUUGGGGUGACAAUAAGGCGUUUAAUGAGGUGAUCAUCUCGCCGGCGAUGUUGCAUGAACACCUCCCAUAUGUGGUCAUGGAAGGGCUCAACAAGGUCUUGGAGAAUUACAACAAAGGGAAAACAGCUUUACUUUCUGCAGCCAAAGUGAUGGUGAGUCCUACAGAAGUGGAUCUCACCCCAGAGUUGAUCUUCCAGAGUCAGCCCUUGCCUAGUGGACCCUCAGUGCAGAUCGGAACUGGAGCUACAACAGUGGACAGAAGGAACAGCAGUACUAAGAGCAAGUCCCAUUCUGAAAUUAGCUUGGAGGGGUUUUAUGAGACAAAGCCACUUUCUCCUGUGCAGAAAGACCCCGUGGAGCUGCUUCUCCUGGAUACAAAGGAGCGCCUGUCUGUGGAGCUGCAGGACCGUCGUGCCCCUCUUGCAACCAUGGAGAGCCUCUCGGACAAUGAAUCCAUCUACAGCUUUGAUUCAAGGCGCUCCUCUGGUUUCCGGAGCAUCCGGGGCUCCCCCAGCCUCCAUGCUGUCAUGGAGAAGGAUGAGACGCACUGCUUUUAUAUAGACCCUGUUAUCCCUGAGGAGAACCCCUCCCUCAGCUCGCGGACAGAGCUGCUGGCUGCUGAUAGCCUCUCCAAGCACUCCCAGGAGACUCAGCCCCCCGACAACGUGCUCAACAGCGGUGGCACUACCCCGCAGCGACGCUGCAGCGAGGAGGGGGCCAGCAGCGAGGGGGACCGCGUUUCCUUAACCCCUCGUGAGGAGCUGGCCCUCCAGAAUGGACGGCUCUCUGAUGUUCCCAGUCCCCAAGUGCUGGAGUUUGCUGAGUUCAUAGACAGCCUCUUUAAUUUGGAUAGCAAAAGCAGCUCCUUCCAGGACAUCUACUGCAUGAUGGUGUCAGACAGCUCCAGUGACUUUGCAGAGAUGCCCAAGUCUGUCAGUGAUCAGGAGAUCCUGUUGAGGGCACAAUAUGAACCCAACCUAGUCCCAAAGCCCCCGAGGUUGUUUGCAGGCUCAACAGAUCCUUCGUCGGGCAUCUCUGUCUCACCCUCUUUCCCUCUUAGUUCAUCUGGGGAACUCAUGGACAUCACUCCCACAGGCGUGAGCAGCCAGGAGUGCCUGGCCACUGACAAAAUCCGGACUUCCACUCCCUCUGGGCAUGUAACCAGCCCUGCCAAGCAGGACGACCUCAUGAUUUCAGCCCUCUAGUGCAGGGUAAAGGGGUGCGGCUCUGCGAGCUGAUCCCGUAGGCUGAGUGCUGGGAUAAUAUUUGGAGGAGAUGGUCAUCGGGCAGUUCGGAUCAGAGGAGACAGCUGGAAAUGUUCCUUCUGGGGUGACACAGUGGUGUGGCACACUGGUGUCUGGAGGAUGGAUUGUGCUUGAGUCCCAUGCUUGCAGCUGGGAGAAGAAGCAUCACCUCACGAGGUUGCUAUGCUAAGAGGGUCUGAGUCAUUAAAGGUAGAUGCAAGUUCCCUACCUCAGCCCGUCUCUCAUUUCAUUUCAGAGGCAAAUUCCUCGCCCCAGGGCACCUGCUGAGUUUGGGAGUGAGAUACCCCGCUUCAGGGAAUCCUCAGGGGUGAAGGGCUGGAUUCUCUGAAGCUCGAGGAUUUGAUAGACAGAGGCAAGGGGGCCAGGCCAGAUCCCCCCGCUUGGUACCAUGUCAGUGGUUUUGGAAAUAAGCGGAUUGAGACUUUGGGCCCUAUUGCACUACCAUGUCGGAUCUGGCCCAAGCUCCAAUUCGUCACACUUCCAUGGAGAUUGCUUUUGUAGGACACUCUCCUGUUUUAAAGCCAUUGGGGCUGUAUUAUCCCCAAAUGCAGUCUCCCCUCCCCUGGCCAGGCACAGCAAGAAUGGGGCUGGCACUGUUUUUUCUCUCCCCUGAGUACUUCAGUGACCACCAGGCUGCUUCCGAGGGGGAAGGACACUGCUCUGAAGAGCCAAAGCCCUCAGCCACGUCCCUCCUUUGCCAGAAAGAGUCCUGGACGUCACCAUUGUCACUCCUCAGUUCGCUGGACCACUCUGAGCUGGCGACAUUCCUGCAGGACUGACAGGAUUCUCAUCUCAGAGCUGCAUGGAUGGAUCAGCUUAAGAAUUUAACAGGCUCCUCAACACCCAGCGUUAUCUGCCAGGCCCCUGCAGAGCCUGGGAGCCUCUCCUGGACUCUGCUGAGUCCUCACACCGCUCGUAUACAGUAAUUGCAGAUCAGUGCCAGCCUCUGUCAUUGGGAGUUCAGGGAAAAGAUGAACUUUUACUAAGUAUUGAAAUCUCUUGUAUGUUUACAGAGCUGCUAAGCUUUUUGGAAGGUAUUUAUUAAGCAAACAGGGAGGCUUUCCCUAAGCAAAAAGCAUGUUCAUUCUCUCCUUCCUGUGCUGUUCCCUCUGGGGACUGAGGGGAGAGAGGAUGGGCAGGUAUGACUGCGAGUCCCCUGCUUUUAAAGUGGGUCGGAGUCCGGGGUAACCUGCAUGCAUCCCUUGCCCACCCUCCCUCAUCUGCCAACACCACAUUGCAAAGCUUGACCAAGUCACGAGUAAAGCUACCUGAGCACUGCUGUGCAGAGCCUCAGUGCCCGGAGGAGCCUGCUAGACUUAUCUAGGCAGGCACUUUUCGAUGAUGGGAGCAGGAGAGAAACUACCUAUCUAGAAAGUCAAACAUGCUGUGACCUGUAGAAGGCCUUUAAUUGACAAAACACCUUCAUAUCAAAGUUCAGCAGAGUUACCAAAUGGUCUCACUGGAGCUUUGUCCUCCCUUACUGGAAAAGAAUUUCCUAUUUUAACUUCCUUAUAAUCCCAGAGAUGUUAUUGCCUUCCUUUUCCCUCCUUAGCUCUGAUAUUUCCAUUGUGGGAGGAUGCUGGGCUUCCCAGGAACUUUGCUCAUGACAAAUCCCUCCGUUCCUGUUAUCCCUAGCCUCUAGCUGUGUUCCUUGAGUAGUCUCUGGAAGCACCAGGCAUGGGACUGUGCUGUCCUGGGUGCCACGCAAACAGAGCACAAGUGGUGUCGGGUACCAUCGAGUCAGAAUGAGAGCACUUUAUAACCAGUGUGCAUUGAUGUUGAAUGACUUCAGGUGCACAGAAGUGAACUGGACUUUGUGUCCAAGAGCCGCUCUCCCACUCAACGAUUUAGUGUGGGGUACUGUGUCCCCCGCUCCUUACAAAUAACAGGGCCUUCAGAAGUGCAGGGGCUUUGUUAAACGGGCAGUAAAAUACUGUCUCUGGGUUUAGGUUCCAAAGGUGACCUUUUCUACACUGUCUUGGAUUGGAGGGAAGAAGCCCCUCUGAAUUCAAAGUAAUUUGUAAAAGAAAAAAAUGCUUUCAUUCUAGGCAGCGAGAGUUACUUUUUUCUUUGUAGGUCCUUCAGAAAAGAGCAGUGUUGUUCCCCUUGCUGAGAGCUUGUAUGAUUCAGGAGCUCGUAUAGAACAGCUGCAUAAGUGCCCUCAGGUCAUCCACUGUUGCAGGGUCACAGGGUAAAGCUGAAUUGCCGCACACACCCAAGAAACGCUCAAAAAAAGGUAGCAUCCAGGAAUACGCACAAUAAACUGGGUAGUUUUGAGGGGGAAAGGGGAACUGCAGGGUAGGGAGGCUGUGGCUAGCAGGCUAGCUCACCUCCUGAUGCAGACUGCUGGCACAUGUCGGUGGGGUGGGGAAAAGGAGUUCAUUUCUGCCUUUAAUCGUCGGCAGAAGAUGGGUAGUAAUAACACUUAGCACUUAGGCAGAGCUUUAUAUCUGCAAAGCACUUUACAAACAUUACUGAAAGAAUCAUCUCUGUCCCUGGCAGUGAGGUGUUAGGAGAUUGGGUGUGUCUGAGACUAUGUGGUACUACUGGUGCCCUACCCGAGGAUGGUGGGGAGAUGACUCCAGGUGAGGAAGGUGGAUUAUCUCCAUCUUAAGUAAAAAUUGUUUCAGUAGUGGCCUGCUGAUGUUUAAUGGGUCGCAAUAUUGCACUAGAAAGCCACUUCUGACCCGGGUGAACCUCCGCUAUGUCCUGGAAGACAUGAUCGUUGUGCAUGACUCUUUCCUUCUCUGUGCCAUUGGAACUGUGUCCCAGGGGAAUGGGGUUGCUUUGCCCUGACCGGCUGUGGCAGGAAACAGCCUGGCAUGCUGCAUUUUUUUGCUUUGUGCUCUGUGAUUAUUGGGCUUCUUCUGAAAAGCCUGGAAAUACCUAAUCCUUGUGACCUGGACUUGCCGUAGUAAAGGUGCAAAAGAGCCCUCUCAGUUAAGGUUCUUGUUAUAUCACAUUAUGGGUAAUUCCUGUUUUCUAGUGUUCUCUCUUGAUGACGGAUCUGUUCCCAGUCUUCACAAAGUAAAUCCACGUUCUUGGCAUUAUUUCUGCUUUAAAUGUCUCUCUGUGUCUUGAUUCUCAUCGCUCCUUUGCUGUAAGAGCAUUUGGACAGGCUGAUCUCCUAUUUCAUCCUGGAAGAGCAUAUCUAGAAAGUUAAAAUGAAUGCUAAGCCUGUAGCUACCUCCUGCAUUUGUACUGCCCUCUUGCCUACUUUCUCUGCCCUCACUCCACUCUGAUGUGCAGCUGUCUUCGGAAACAUGAAGCAUCUUCAGAUUUCUUAAUCUCUUUGCUUCUGGUUCCUACUCUUAAGCGUUGUGCCUUCUAAUCUUGAUACGUUCCUCAAUAUUUCAAUGGGAUGUUGCACCUCAUGUGGAGGCAGUGCUGGAAGCGCAGUUCAUCGUGCCUGACACCCCAGGCCCCAGCAAAGCAUCCAACAAUUCACCCAGUUCAAUGACUCAUCCUUAAAAUCCCCCCCGAAGAGUUUUUUGGUAGAGGAGUGCAGCCAAGGCCAUACAGUUCCUGGAGAGCAAAGAGUGGGCUUUGUGCACCUUCAAAUUGAAGCACAGUAAGUGAAAUCCUCUACACUAAUGCAGCUUUGCCAGAAUCUAGCAGGUUCUCUGCUCUUUCUACCAUCCCCUGGUGCGGCAGAUUUCAGCUGACUGUGUAAUUGGCACUUGCUGUUGCACGCUCGUUCAUGGUAUUUUCAGCAGACUGCAGCAGAAUGUAACCCCGAAGCCUUGAAGCGUUCAGGGGCAUCAUGGGGGGCCCUUAAAUUGGUAAGAGUUGAAUGUCAUCCAACAGCUUAGUUAGGAGCGGCCUCUGACCCUGCCGCGAAUGCGCUCACGAGGUGUGAAGGAUUUGGUACUGCUGUCCAUUUCUUGCACCUAUAAACUGCACUCCAGUCCUUUCGGGUGUGUCCAAAGUGGAAUAAAAUAAUCCCAUUGAUAAUAUCCCAGUGAGUUUUGAUCGUCAAGGCCUUACCACGUAAUGUUGGCUGGCUGUGGUUUUGGAAGCUCUUCGGCAUCAGUAAUAAUUGCUUUUAUUGUUGCUUUAAUUGCAGCAGUGCCAAGAACUUAGACAGGAUCCUGCUGUGCUGAGGAUGUACAAGUGCUGAACAAAAAGCAAGCCCUUCUCCAAUACUUAUCAUUAUCCCCUCUCUUCCUCUCAGGAGCUGCCCUCUCCAUCUGGAACACGCACGUCUCCUGAAACUGCCACUCUAUCCUUUAUUUUCUUUGCUCCCUGUUCUUGUCACCUAAUCACGAGCCAUCUUACCUCUCUUCUUGUUACUCUGUCUCAGGAUGCCGGUGUCCUAUUCCACAUCCUUGAUAGCACCACUGAGGCACAGGAAAGCUAUUGAUGAUCUCCUGAUGACCCAAAACAGCUGAAUGGGAUUCCUGUCUUGAUUCACUUGAAAGAGCUGCUGCCCUCUGAGACUAUUUAGAAAGGUCAAAGCACUGUCAAGGCUGAGAAUUUCUUUAGCUAUCUCCAACUUUUGCUUACCUGGUCUGUGGUUAGUAUUUUCAGUGUUCAUCAUAAUUUCUGCAACUUUUUAAGAACUUUUUUCAAAGUGAACAGGAGUUGUAUGUGAUACUUUGCUGUCUACAGAGGACUGAGAUGGCAAAGCUGGUUGUGAGGGUAGAUACACAAAUCCAGCGACACCCAUUUCUGUACUUUAUGGGCAUAAUUGCUGAGAUUGCAAUAACAGCUGAAGGUCCCAGACAGGAACAGGAUUGAGGUGGGAAGUAGGUAUUGCUGUCAGGGGCAUGUAAGGAGGAGGAAAAGCACCGAGCACGGGGAUGCAGGAUCCGUGUGUGCUCCUUGGAGCUGCAUCUGCUGUGGGAGUCUGACUUGUUGCCGUGUCCUGUCUCUAUCAAAAGAAACAGAACAGGGCUGAUCUGUAUCAAGCGCAGCAAACUGGAUGAAUAUGGCAUUGCUUUUUCAAAUAUCAUCUCCUAAUAAGGUUCCCCUCUGCUCAGUUUCACUGUUUGUAAUCCAAGCCCAAUUAAGAGGGGUUUUUAAACCUUCCCUUAAUAUCUUAAGUGAUUUUGUUUCUUUAUCAGGUGUCUCUCAUUUUUUUCACUGCUCUAGAUUCAUGUGGACCCCAGUCUUAAUGCUCUCCCUAUAAAGCUUUUCCAUGUUUCUGGUUAUUACUGCUUCACACUUUUAAAUUAAUUUUUAUCCUUCCUGUAUCCUGUUUUUAGAUGGGACAAUGAGAUCUGUACAUGUUUGAGAGCAUCCUGUUGAUUUGUAAAAUGGCCUCUUCCAAUAUAUUUUUUUAAUGCACUUAAAUGUUUUUUUUCAGCUUUUUUAUCUGCCUGCAGGCAAAGACCAAUAUUUUCACUGAAUUGUCUGCACAGAUAGCCGGUUUAAUUUACAAAUUGGGGCAUAUGAAUAAUCAGGAUUAUCCUUUGCAGUGGCGAUUAGUUGGGGUUAAUCAUUGCUGAAAUGCACGUGUUGAUGUGUUUCGAGUUUCGCUUUUGUGGCUAUAUCCCGACAGGGAGGAUUGGGAGAAGGAGCAUCAGUUCUGGCUAGCCCCAAAUACACGUGCUUUGUCAUUCGCCAUUGUAUUGGCGUGCUGAUGCUUGUCCCUUUCUUAGGAUAGCUGUUAGAUCUUUCUCCUAGCAGAACAGGAUAUUACCUAUGCAAGCUGUGCUUGGGUUCCUUUACAACCUGAACGACUGGCUUUUCAGAUGCAGUGAAAUUGAGAGUGGCUUAAAGUUCAGCUACUGAGCUGCCAGCUGCUUGUUUCUGCUGGUGAGUGGUUGCCAUGUGCCCCCAUAAGCACUGCCCAUCCUCGUCGAUGUGGCCCACCUCUAAAUCCCAACAGAACAGUGAUGCUGGAGAGCAUUCUAGCCUACCUUCUUGCAUUUCCGUGGUCACAGAAGCCCUUCUGUGUUUGCCUUGGGACUCGGCUGAGCUGGAGCUCUGCUUGAUGCUGGGUUCACUUCGUGCUUAUGCGUACCCACCGCUGGGCUACGCUUCCCUUGGCAGCAGGGGGACUUUUUGCCUUUUCAGCAAGGGUAGCAGUAGCAUUUGAUUUCCAUUUAUUUAAGUGUGGUGGUUGCAUCUGCUGCCUGUGGAGCAUCUUAAGCCACGCAGGUUGGUAAUUUGCUGAUAAAGUGGUUUAUAAGUCUUCAAAUGUAAUGCAGAAAUACUGGCAGACACUUAAAAUAACCUCUAGCCCUCAACAAACCUAGCAGCUUUGCUUUUUGCUUAAAAGCUCCUUCAGCUGUCCUCUCAUCUGUAGCAUUACAUUUGUUCCUUUCUGCUCAGACAGCUGAAGUCUGAGAUGGCUUUUGCUGGCAAUCCUUCUAUGCUGUCACUUGUUUGUCAUCCCUUCUAUUUAAAUUCACCCUGCUAAAGCUGGAUUUUUGCUGAGAGCUGUUAUUUAAUUAUGCUGCUGCCAACAGACUCUCACAGAGCUUCUCUGCACUUUAGGAAGUAUGUAGACAAUCUCUGCAAUCCUCUUUCUAGUUGGAAGAGCAUAGGGUGAGUAGGUAUUUGUUGGCUAAGUGCUCCCUCAUUAGGAGUUCUGUAGCAGCAAAAGUAAUGAAUUAAUGAAGUACAGGGAAGUAAAAAAAAUAAAUGGGUCAAAUAUCUAAUGCACUGAACCUGAAAGCUUGGUGGAAAAACUAAGAUUUAGGAGGGAUGGUGGUUGUUUCUUAGCUGUGAAAUGUCAGCUUCUUUCUUGCUUGCAGCAUACCUGGUGCCUUUUUAGCCUGCCUAAGGAAAGUGAGGGUCAGAAAUUGAGCAGGGGUUCUGCACAGACUGCUCUGAUGCUCUGGAUGAAGGAAUAUAUGGCUCUGAGGCAUUGGAAAGCACUGUCUGAAUCGGGUGUGUUGCAUCUUCUCGGAGCCUGUGCGGUACUGAGUUGCAGCGCAGGAUUUAGGGAAGAGCUGCAUCUCUUGUGCCAAAGCUCCCUCUCAUGGUGCUCUUGUGUGGAGGAGGCGAUGCUCCAUGUCGCUGGAGGCAAACACUCACUGCUCUUGACAGCUCUGGGAAGAAUGAGAGAAAGAAAGACUGGAGCUGGGAGGUGGGACCCAGUCUGGGAGCUGCUUGCUCUCCAGUCAGAUGGUCAUACUGGUGCUGUGGUCAGGUGUGAGAGGUGUGUGAAAUAGGCUGUAUCGGCGUUUGCUGAAGUCCUUCCCCCCCUUGCCAGCUCCACAGGGGCUGUGUGUGUGCUCUGUUCCCCUCAAGGGAGGAGCUACUACCCCUUGCAGUGAGACUCUGCAGGGACAAGCUGGGAGGGGGGCUGUGGUUUAUUUGCUUUAGAGUUUUAUAUUCCAGCUCUACGAGUCAGGGCCUUCACUGCCAAGAUGAGUGGGUGUUAGAUCUGUGGCAGACAGAGCCUGAAACCUAAACCCUAUCACUUUUGUAAACUCUAUGUCAUUAGAGUGGAAAAACAUUUUAGGAGGGAGAUCCCUCACUGUAUAACAGCAGCCCGCUGUGCGGAGGGCAGCGUGUUCUGCAGAGCAGCGAGGCUGUUGGCUUCCUUGUGUGGCAGGAGCACUGCAAACUGCCAAACUUCCACUGCGCUUCUUUCUUCCCCGUCCCCUGAUUGUAUCUGCACCCAGCCCUUCCCCGAGAGCUGUUACGCUCUGUGCGGGAGGGUGUUACUAGCCUAAACGUAGGCUGCUUAAGGGCACGCACCCUGGAAAUUCAAAAUGAUCCAGGAAAGAGCAUAUCCUUGCUUUGUCGUAGGGACUUGCAGUCCUAAAAAGCAUCAGUCAUCUCCAAGCUCUUUGCUCUCUCUGUUAUUGUUGUUUUCUUUUUUUUGCUGAUUUUCUUGAGUUCAUACCUGUUGUGCCUUUGUUUUCCUUUGGCUUGAGGUCCAAGCCUCCUGCUUGGGACCAGACAUCUGCCAGCUUCCUUUCCUGCUCCUGCAUGUGAUUUCUUCUCUGUGUGCAUGAAGGGGAAUGCAGUGUGGCCAAGGACUGGUUCAGAGUUGCCCUUGCUGCCGGGCUCCCUCUUUCUGCCUCAGCUAGGACUUGCCAGAUUUCCGCACUGUCUCCUGCCGCCUCAGGUUGUAUCCAAGUGCCAAUAGCAAAGCCUGACCUGGGGCAGGCUGUUUCCUCGAACCCAGACCACGGUUACCCUGCCAGCCCACUCCAAUCUAGAACCUCAUCUUGUGCAAAGCGAGUGUUUCUGUGUAGUAGGAAGGGAAGACUUCCUACCACUUCUUACCUUUUGGUGUACAUGACCUCAAUCAGUGUUUAACAGGUUCUGUUCCUAAGCAAAACUUCCUCUCAGGUCUACUAGCGAGUAAAACUUCCUACUCUUCAAGAUCUGACUCUGUUUUUGCAAGAGCUUAUGCUGAAAGGGUCUUAACAUAUUCUGAAGUGUCUGCUGUGGUUUUGAUUUACUGACAUUUCUCUCACUGGCUCUGGAACAGCCAUCUUCCAAAGGUAAGCUCUCCUUUUAGAGAGUUGGGCAUUUUUGCUGCUUUCAUUGCUGUGUUUGAGACCUCUGACUUCACCAUGUCAUCCCGUGCUUUGUUUUUCAUUUUACUGAAGUUUCCUACCUGCCCAGUCUAUCUGUAUGAUGAGGGGGACCUCUCCCUGGCUACUUACUUCUUUCUGCAAAAACAUUAAACACAGAGCAGCCACAGGAACAA